AUGGCGUCCAAGCUCUCCCAGGUCGCCUCCCAGACGAGGCCAAUGCAGCACAAAAAAGUGGCCUUCUGGUUUUAUAGGUUCCUCUCCCUUGUGUACGACGAGCGGUGUACCGGGGUCGCCUGGACGGAGGAAAUCAGGGACGCUGCCCUGGAGAGGGCGAACCUAUGCGACCGUAAACUGAGGGUCCUGGACGUCGGAGGCGGCACGGGAUACAGCACACUGGGAAUCGUCAAGCACGUCGACCCCGAAAACGUCACCAUUCUCGACCAGUCGACCCACCAGCUCGAGAAGGCCAGGGAAAAGGAGGCGCUGAAGAAGUGCACCAUCAUCGAGGGCGACGCCGAGAACCUGCCCUUCCCCACCGACUACGCCGACCGAUAUAUAUCGGCGGGAUGGUAAGUCUCAAGAUCGCAUUAGCCGUGACGGCUUAGUCGAUUUCUGAGGAUCGUGUACACUGUUUUCUCAGCAUCGAGUACUGGCCCGAGCCGCAGCGAGGCAUCAAAGAAGCCUACAGGGUUCUGAAGCCCGGGGGGCUGGCUUGUGUGAUUGGCCCCCUGUACCCAACCUUCUGGCUGUCCAGGUUUUUCGCUGAUUCGUGGAUGCUCUUCCCGAAGAAGGAGGAGUAUAUUUCGUGGUUUAGAAAUGCCGGGUUUGAAGACAUCAAGGUGGAGAUAGAGUCGCCUAAGUGGUACCGAGGAACGCUUCGCCAUGGAGUUAUAAUGGGUUGCUGGGUGACGGGUGUCAAAAAGGCAAGCGGAGACUCCCCCCUGAAGGUAUUUAUUGACUGCAGUGUCAUCCUUUUCACCCUUAUCAUUACUGUCUCCAUCUCCACUUCGGCAUGACACGGCACACUUCGCAAUAUGACCUUAUUUUUCUAUUUUAAGUAUUUAUUAUGUUUUGAAGAUACUAAUGUUAACAAAAUUUACUAUAGGUGAUGGGAAAUUAGUCAUUACUGCAGGAUUGAUGCACCCUCUGAUUUGUAAAGACUAAAAUGUCUUGACUUCAAGAUGAAAAAGAAUCGUCCAGUGGAGUCAUAUGCUUGGGCUAGAGUGUAACGCUCUAAUUAUAAUCAAAUAUUUGUGUUCAUUCUUUGAGUUCUCAUACUCAUAAUUUUUAAAACAUUUGGACAUUCUUUUUUCAGCCUUAGUGUAUAUGGCUUUGUUAGCUAGAUAUUUAGAUUUAAUAAAAAUGUUCAGUUAAUGCAUGACAUUGUUUUCUUGAAUAUAAAUUUCUGAUACUUAUAACUUAUUGAAACACUUGGACAUUAUUUUUCUCAGCCUUCGUUUUAUAACUUUGUUAAAUAGAUUUUUUAUAUUUCAUUCAAAAUGUUGACUUGGAACAUGGCAAUGUUUCUCAAACAGAAAUGUUCAUGGUUAUUAUGGAUGGUAUAUCUCUGUUAUGAUCAAGUAUACAGAUAAGUAUGCCUUACAUGUUCAACAUAGGAUGUAAAAAUUUCAUGACUUAGGUCAAUAAGUGGGUAAUAUUUAUCUAAAAUAAAUAAAAAAUAAAUUCAAAACCCAGAAACCGGAGAGCAUGCAAAAUCUAGAAUAUCAGCUGAGUAAGGAAGCCUUAUGCAGGCAUUUUGCAUAAUUCACGUUUUUGGCGCUGACUUGUUCGGGCUUCUGUUCUUCGCUUUGUGACAUGUGCAGCUCGGUCCAAAAUCUAACACCAUUCACAACUCCGAGGGUACAUUAUCCUUUCUCGCACGCUUGAUCCCAGGUUCGUUCGCCGCAGCGUAUUUUGUGCUGAUUUCAAAUUAUAUGUGGAUAAAAGAUAUGAUUUAUCCAAAGGGCGUGGAUAUUUAG